AUAAUUUUUGAGUUCAACUCUACUUGAACAAUACAUUUUUUAUUAUAAUACAUCCCAAUUUUACUGGUCUCAACCUAGUAUACAAUUUUGUAUUUAAUAACUUAAUAAUCAUAAGAUAACAUAAUUUUUAUUAAACUCUGUAAAAUAGUUAUUAUUUUUUAUCUAGUCAUUGAUUAUGAUGAAUUUGUUCCUUUAUUUAUGUAUAUUAAUUUUAUAUUUUGCCAAUGCUCAAGAUCCUAAAGGCUAUAUUGCUUAUUGCCCUUGUAUGGGUCGUUUUGGCAACCAAGCUGAUCAUUUUUUAGGUGCACUUGGUUUUGCUAAAGCUCUUGACCGCACAUUGUUAUUACCACAUUGGAUUGAAUAUCGUUAUGGACAGCCAAAGUCAGAACAAGUACCAUUUGAUAAGUAUUUUAAUGUUACUCCAUUAUUAGAAUUUCAUAAAGUUCAGCUCAUGAACGAUUUUAUGUCCAAAUUAUCAGGCAGUUUAUGGCCUCCUGAAAACCGUGUCUCUUUUUGUUAUAUGCAACGUGGUGAAAAAGAAGGAUGCAAUGCUAAGUUUGGCAACCCAUUUGAAUCUUUUUGGGAUACAUACUCAAUUGAUUUUUCUUCGUCUGAAUUUUAUUCGCCUUUAAAUUAUGAUGUAUACCAUCAAAAUAUGGCAAAUAAAUGGAAUGAUAAGUAUCCACCAACUGAAUGGCCAGUUUUAGCCUUUGUUGGUGCUCCUGCUAGUUUUCCAAUUCAAAAAGAAAAUAUUUAUCUUCAUAGGUAUUUGAAAUGGAGCGAUGAAAUUGAAGAUUUAGCAAAAAAAUUCAUUGAGCAAACAAUAAAACCUGGUAAAUUUGUUGCAAUACAUUUACGUAAUGGUAUUGAUUGGACACGUGCUUGUGACCACAUAACAAAUAAUAAUUUAUUGUUUUCUGCUCCACAGUGUUUAGGUUAUAGGAAUGAGUAUGGAAAAGCAACUGAAGAAUUAUGUUUUCCAACAUUUGAAAUCAUAAUCAGACAAAUUAAAAGACUAAUAAGGAAAAAUUUAAAUGAUAUAAGUACAUUAUAUGUAGCAUCUGAUAAUAACCAUUUAAUACCAGAAUUGACUCAAGCACUUAACAGCUUUAACGUGAAAAUAGUUAAGUAUAAAAAUGAUAACCCUCAUGUCGAUCUUGCAAUAUUAGGUCAGGCAGACUAUUUUAUUGGCAAUUGCAUAUCAUCAUUUAGUGCUUUUGUGAAACGUGAAAGAGAUUCAAAAGGUUUUCCCAGUGAAUUUUGGGCAUUUCCUACUUAUCAAAAGAAUAGUCAAACUAUAAAAGAAGAACUCUAGUACUAUAAAUUGCAGUAUACUAAUAGUUAUGCGAGUUAUGUUUUAAAAUACAAAAAAUAGUGAUAACAAUAUAUUUUAGAUACAUUGUUUUAUAAUAGUUUGAAAGAAGAUUUGCUUAAGUAAAUUUUUAUUAUUGUAUUUAAAAAUUUU